AUGCCAUUCGAGAAUAGUAGCCAAGAUGGGGAUUCCAGCCAAUUAUUGUUAAAAACAGAGAUUCUUUCAUCUUCGCCCCCACAAUGUUUAAUAUACCAAAAACUCCCCAUUCAACAAGAACAAAAUAAAUUUAAUUUGUCCACUACCAAAACAACAAUAAAGUGCAAUAAUAAUUUAAUUAAUCCAAGCCACCAAAAUUCUGGGCAAAAACAUUUAAAUAUAAAUAUAUCCCCUAUAAGCAGUUGUUCUACCCCUACAAAUUGUUCUCCCCCUUAUAAUAUUAAUAUUUAUGGGAAUAAUGAACAGCAACAAAAUAUUGGGAGGUUGAUACGGUCGAAUAGUGUUAAGGUGUGGAAAUUUGAUUUUUUAAAAUAA